AUGGCGUGUUUAGACGAUGUUCCCUUCAGAAUCACAGACGAGGUGCAACCAGUCACAGCUUCUGAGGUCACUGUUCCAGACUACCUGAAGAUCCUCCAGGAAACUGAGUAUGUGUUUAAUCUGGAGAACUGGGUUCUGACGGGACUGCAGGGUGGUUACGGUGCAGCCGGUCCUCCUCUCGCCUCUCACGCUGCAGCCUCCUGCCCUCCGUACUGGAUGUUGUUCAGCAGUUCACAGCAGAGCAGACUGGCCAGCCACUGGAGCAGUGACCUGUGGGAACCCAAUCCUCGACCCCGCAGCCGGAGUCUUAACGAAGCUCUUUUCAUCACCAAUGACGUCGCUCUCACUAUUUCUGACCCGGAGGACAAGGACUUCCCUAAUAAUGCGGAGGCGUCUUCAACCGGGAACAAAAGACCGACACUCAGUGGUUCAGGGUUGAAAAGACAGGGGUCAUACACCAAAAAUCUGCACCCACACAGCCCUACAAACCUCCUCAACCUGCCUUUAACAUGUGACCUGAAUAUCUGGCAAUCACCGGUCCGAACCUCCGACCAAUCAGAAAUAAAACCAGAAGUAAUCACACAGUCUCCAUGUCUGGACUUCAACAUGUUCCCCGUCCCGCAGAGGCCGCUGGGUUCCCACGCUGUAGCUGACUCCUCUGUGGAACUCUUCUCAGCACUAAGCCCUGAGGAAUGCCGGAUUCUCGAGGCGGUGAUGGAUUGUGGGUACCCGCUUCGUACAGCCAUCGUCGCUCUACAGAAAUCAGGCCGGCGCCGCCCAGAGCAGAUCCUGAGUUACCUGGUGGCGUGGGAGCGACUGUGUGGACUCGGCUAUGAUGAAGCUGAGGUAGAGGAAGCUCUGGAGAUGUUUCAGAACUGUGAGACCAAGGCUGAAGAGUUUCUGCUCCUUCUCACUCAAUUCCAUGAGAUGGGCUUUCAGCAGGACACUAUUAAAGAAGUUCUCUUGGUGCACGGGAACCAUCGUGAGCGUGCUCUAGAGGAACUAAUGAUGCGUGUAGCCUGAUCAACAAACCAGCGCAGCAGUUUAUCUCAAACCGUUUCUUUGUUCUGGUUCGAGUGAAAACGGAUCCACUGAUGAAGUUAAUAAACAGCAAAGUUUUAAAUUAUAAACCAAAAUCUUUAGCUGAGCCAUAAAGAAUUUUUGUGCUUCAUAAUGCAUCAAACCAGGCCUGGACUGCAGGCAGGUCAGUCAAGCAGUCAGUGGUGGUGUUUCUUGACGUUGUUGGCGUGUGUAAUAAUGGCCGCUGGCAGCAGUGUUUAUUAAUGACAGUUUGUUUAAAUACUCUCGAGUCUUUAAUGUGCUGAUGUUAAAGAUAAACAUGCUGGAUUAUAAUGCAGAGGGAUCGACGGUCACAGAUAUUCAUUCAUGUUUAUCAUCUUUUCUUUCACACAGAAAUAUUCUCUACACAUUUUGAUGAUCUUCUGUACAGAAGAAGGUGAAACACCAGGAAACAUUUUUCUUAAACUGUUGGAUUAUUUACUGAUCAUUUUUGUAAUCUCUGCUCUUUCGUAACUUUUCUGGACUUGAAUAGUUUAUAGACGACACAUCAUGAAGAACAUUCCGUUAUACUUUUAUUGAAGGUUUAUCUUUGUUGUUGCUUAACAUUUUUAUGGAAAAGUUUGUGCACCCCGGUUCAUGUUAGGUGAACAAAUGCUCGAUGGAUCUGUCACACAGCAGCAGAGGAAUGAACAAAGUUCGACUGUAUUUAUUUAUUAAAUGUGUUAUUUAUUUGUGCAUGAGAAUUUUUGUGUAUUUAAUUUUUAGUGUUUGUUUAUUUAAUCUGUCUAUCAAAAGUAGAUUGGACUGAAUAAAUAAAAAGUAUUUAAAGUAUGUUCAGUAUUUUUGAAGAAUAAAAAGUGUU